CGAAGCUAGUUCAGUUUGUGCAUUGCCCGCAGAGAGAUGAGUUCCCCGCGUGUGGUUCUAGUCAGCCUGUUCCUGAUCUGCAGUCAGGCACUAGCUGACCUUUCUGGUGAUGCCCAGACUCUGGAAAAGUGCCUGCGGGAACUGAGCUCGCCGGAGAGCAUCGCUGGCGAUCUUCAGAAGCUGGAACGGUAUUUAUCUUGGACGCGUGAGGAGGUUCCUUGCCUGAUGCGCUGCUUGGCCAGGGAAAAGGGCUGGUUUGACGUGGAGGAAAACAAGUGGAGGCUCAAGCAACUGACCGAGGACCUGGGCGCCGAUGUCUAUAACUACUGCAGAUUCGAGCUGCGCCGGAUGGGGUCCGAUGGCUGCAGCUUCGCCUACCGGGGACUCAGGUGCCUGAAGCAGGCCGAGAUGCAUGCGGGCACCAGCCUGAGCACACUGCUGCAGUGCUCCCGUCAGCUGAACGCCACCAAUGUGGAGCUGCUGCAGUACAGUAAGCUGAAGUCAAAGGAAUCCAUUCCCUGCCUCUUUCAGUGCUUUGCGGAUGCCAUGGGCUUCUACGAUCCCGAUGGAAACUGGAGGCUGGAAAACUGGAAGCAGGCUUUUGGGCCUUCGGGAAAUGAGGAUCAGUCUUCUGGCUCAGACUACAGUGGCUGUCGGCUAAGUGGGACUCAGCGGCAAGAGGCGUCAAGCAAGUGCUCGUGGAUGUACCAUGAGUACAAGUGCUGGGAGCGAGUAAAUGGGAAUAAGUUAGUGGAGGACAACGAAUAGCAGUAGUAUUAAAUUAAUGGGACACUGGUCAAUACCAAAAAUUAAUAAGCACAAUGUAAGAUCUAUAUAUUUCCAAAUGCAGAGAUAUUCUUUGGAUAAAUGAAAGCAUAUUUUUAUCAUUGAAUUAAUAUGUAAUCUUACAUAAAUUUUGCUUUACAAAGAUGGCUACCUAGAUGGCCAUCGCGUAGCAUGUGAACUGUUUGUAAUAUGUGGCACAUCGGUCCUUGCCACGCUGCCGAUGGCAUGUCCUUAUGCGAGAUCCUUUGGCCGGAAUGCCCAAGUUUCGCUUCAUCGCCUCCAGUUUCCAAAGACGCGUUUUCUCCUCGAAGAUGUGCAGCUUGUCCACGAAGCACCGGGUGAAGCACGGAAUAGGUUCAUUGACAGGAUUGUAGGCGAAGGCAUCGAAGCUCUUCCACUCGUCCUGGUGGACAUCCUGCAGGCAGUCCUUCAUUGCAUUCUUGGCUGACGGGGAGAUGUUUGGCAUGUUGUCGAUAACCGUGAACGGGUGGCUUUCCAUCUAUAAAAAAUUAAGUAAUGCAGUGUAAAUACGCAUAAAUAGUAACCUUUAAAAGCAUAAACAAUAUUUGCUGUACGAUCGAUUUCCUUACUCACCUUGUGGGAGUGCAAGAAUUUCGAAUUUUAACAGCAAAAUAGUAAAAUCAACAUGAAAAUUUAAUCAUUUUUCAAAAGUGCGAAAGUGGCAGAAUUGGUUGGUUUGAUAAUAGAAUAGAACCUGAGUAAUAAAUCUGUACCUUCUAGGUUUAAUGGUU